GUUUAUAGUGAACUACUGUUGGCAGUCUGAGUGAUAACCAUUGAAGGGACAAGGGAAAUUUGAAAGAUAAUCUGAAGCUCAUCCUACAUAUUCAUACAUUUUGUGUGGUUUCAUUUAUAUUUUUUGGUGGAGAUUGCUCCAGGCAGUGAUGCUAAAGCAGAACAUUCUCUCCUGUAAUGCUUCUUCCUUUUUCAGAAAAAAUAUGUAUGGACAACUCAAUUAUAGAAUUGCUUGUACCCUCCCCAUCUUACAUGAUCAUCCAAAUCAUGUAAUUUUUUGCCAUUUGAGAGACAAAAUGCAAUCUGUAACCUUAAGUGCGAGCUUGGACUCUUUGGAAAUUAGCCCCACAUUACAACGGAGAUGCAUAAAAGGUGCGGCUGAUGAAAAUCAAGGGGAAUUAUCUGAGGAAGACGACGAUAUCUGCCCUGUGGACUGUGUUAGAGAAUUCAAAACUGAUGAAGAGUUCUUAAAAAUUCUUGAAAAGGCCAAAGACACCAAUUGUUUAGUUGUAGUUGAUUUUUAUCGUACUUCUUGCGGAAGCUGUAAGUACAUAGAGCAAGGUUUCUCGAAAUUAUGCAAGGGUGCGGGUGAUGAAGACGCUGACGUGAUCUUCUUGAAACAUAAUGUAGUUGAUGAGUAUGAUGAGCAGUCUGAAGUUGCUGAAAGACUUAGAAUCAGGGCAGUGCCUCUUUUCCACUUCUAUAAAAAUGGAGUUCUCUUGGAAGCAUUUCCAACCAGAGACAAGGAGAGAAUUGUUGAAGCCAUUAAGAAAUAUACGUCGACAAAUGAAGAUGCCUAAGCAAAGGUGGCCAGUCUUUUCAAACUUUGCUUUUGCAGAAAAAUAAUCAGUAAGAUACUUGGAAUAGAUUGGACUACAUCCGUAGAACAUAUUACUACUGUAAUCAUUAUUUACAGGAUUUACUUGGAAAGUGAAACUGAUUUCAUCUUGUCC